AUGUCGUACGCAGGCGAUACGCCCAGUCAGGAGCAGGAACGUCUGAGACGCGAGAGAGAUGCCGCCGCAUUUCUCACUUCGCUCGGGCCGAAGUUCCAGAAGGCCCGCUCCACGUCUCCGGGACCGACAAGAAAGGUGACACCUUCGCACCAGCAGCAGAUCGCCGGCGGGGGUGCAGUCGUGCAGAACGGCAAUACGCGGCACGUCGUGGUCCCGUCGGGCUCGAACGGAGCUACGUUUACGUCCGUAACGGUGAGCGCGGAGGUCGAGGAGAAGCGACAGGAAACUCUGCGGAGGCUGAAAGCAACGCACUGCUCCGUCAACCAGGACAAAGUGAUAGUGCAGGUGCCCCAGACAAGUGCCAGUGACCUGGAGGCAGCACAAAAGGCCAAGACCACCAUGAUACUGGGCAGAGCUGGAGUCGGGCCAACCAGUGGUAGCACAGGGAAACCAGCCCACCACCAGAAACCAGUUCAAGCAUCAACUGCUGCCCCACCACUCCCUAGCACGGCAUACGGAGCCUCAAAAACUACCAGCAACAAGUCAUCCGUGCCAUACAAUCGCCCGCCUAGCCCUCAAACCUCCAAGCUUCCCAGCAAUGCCACGGCAGCGUUUUCCGGUGCAGCUCCUCCUCUCCCUAGCACCACAUACGGGAAGCCAUCACACAACAGUACAAACUCAUCAGCUACUGUGAAAAAGACUGUCGCAGCUGCUCCUGUGAAAUCUCCAAGUCCCGGGCCUAAUGUGGCGAAUUCAAAUAGCGUAGUCCCACCGCUACCUAGCCUCAGCUUUGGCAAGCCUGCCGCUUCCAAGCAGGCCACUUCUUCUGUUCAGUCAUCCGGCAAUCCAGCUCCAAGUAAGCCACCUUCGCCCCCGACUGCACGGAGCGUCUCCCCGCAGCCUGGCCCCGUUCCGCCGGUCAACUCCAUGACUGCCAAGUACGAGGCAAUGAAACCGUCCCAAGAAUCAAGAAAAUCUCCCGCGAAGCAGCCGAGCCCAGGGCCGCCGGUAAACUCGAUCACGGCGAAAUACGAAUCCAUGAAACCUUCUCAGGUUAGCAAAUCCCCAUCAACGUCUGCUCCCUCCCAGCCUGCCAAGACCCCUGGUCAACCAGUCAAUUCAGUCACUGCAAAAUAUGAGGCAAUGAAACCGACUUCUGUAGCAAAACCUGUCGCUCCUCCUUCUGCAUUGGUGGCUCGCCCUCCCAGUCCAAAACAGGCUCAACCGGUUAAGCAAUGGACGCAGAAACCCGCCGAACCGGUAAAACCUGUUGCUGUUUCAAAAUCGCCCGAGCCUGUCAAGCAACCGAGUCCCAAACCUGUUGCUCCAGUUGUUGCAAAACUGUUGAGCCUGUUGCUCCAGUAGUUGCAAAGCCUGUUGAGCCAGUUAAACCGGUUACUCCAGUAGUUGCAAAGCCUGUUGAGCCAGUUAAACCGGUUGCCGUUUCCAAGCCACUCGAACCUGUCAAACAACAGAGCACCAAACCAGUUGCCCCAGUUGUACCAAAACCUAUUGAACCAGUCAGGCAACCCAGUCCAAAACCAGUUGAACCGGUCAAGCAACCCAGUCCAAAACCAGUUGAACCGGUCAAGCAGCCCAGUCCAAAACCGGUCGAACCAGUCAAGCAAACAAGUCCCAAACCAGUAGAACCGGUCAAACCGCCACCCAUACAGAGCACAUUUGCUCCAAAGCAACCGUCACCUCAACCAUUCCGUAAAUCGCCAGCACCCCAAAAUCCCCCGGCAUCGAAAUUUGGUUCAGCGGCCAAUGCGAACUCGGCAGCCACUGCUACUACAAAGCCGGCUUGGGCCCAGAACAAGACCGGUUCGGCACAAAACAAGGCCACAGACUCCGCAGCUGCCGUGCCAGUGGCCACAAAGAAGAUUGGAGACUCGCGUACGCUCAUAACGGUCAAGCCCGGAAUGGAGAACAUGCGAGCAGUUCAGUUCCUUGUUGGGCCGCGUGGAGAGACUAAGGGAGAGAAGACAUCGGGUUUCAAGAGCGAUCUGGCCACGAGACUACACGGAAACACGAGUCUGUUGAAGUCAGAGGAAGAGCUACUGGAAGGGAAGAAGAAAAAGGUUCAACUGGGAAGAGUUUUGGAUGACAACGACGAGAAGAAGGCAGCAGCACCACCAAGGCCUAAACCAGGGAAGGUGAAAGUUCCGGAAGGUUUGGUAAUCCAUGCUCCGGGGCCUCGUCCGACUCCAGUGGAAUCUUCGGUACCCCCACCCCCACCCCCUCCCCCUACUGAAUCGGACACUGAUGGCUCUGCCACUGAUUCUUCGCAGACAGUG